UCUUGUCGCGAGAUUCCUCUUGAAACUGUCGUCACUCGACACUUUUUCCCAAUAAACAUUUGUGAAUUAUUAAUAUCCUGAAGAACAUGAAGACCGUCGCUAUUCUCCUCUGCACUCUUUACCUCGCCUCUUACGCGGUAGUUCACGCUGACGACAAUGUGCUAUCCUCUUGUAUGGAGAAAAUGGGUCUCACUAUUGGCGAUCUACCAAGUCUGUUUCGCGACAACACCGACGAAGGACGAAGAAAGCGUGGCUGCGUAGAAGCCUGCAUCAUGCAGGGUCUUGGUCUGAUGAACGGAAACGUCAUUGAUAUGCAGAAAAUCAGUGAACAAAUUGACAAAGUGAUAGAUGACGACGAAAAGAAGGAGAGCGCACGCAAAGCUGUACAGGAGUGUGUAGAUGAAGGUAAAUAG